GGGAAAGUACUAGCCUGAGUGCGAAUGCCCCUUCCCCAAAGUGAUAUAACGCUUGCACCCGCUCCCACCUUUUUUUCCCAGUAAAUCACCAUGAAGUCUUACUAAAGUAGUGAAUCUGCAAACCGAACCUUGGGAAUCGUAUACAACACCAUCCAUAUCUGGCUCUACAACAACAGCCAUCACCGAAAACGGCACCGUACAAACUUAGCAAGCAACCUUUCGACAGCAUCACUAUCAGCAUUUGUCUUCCUGCCGCUGCGUCCUCCGAAUAACUCGUUACCUCGCCGCCACCUCGAUGACCAGAGCCAUGGGCGGCCAAUUUACACCGUACGAUCCAGCCAGAUGCGAGCACUACGCCCACUUCGCUGCACGAUUAGACCGAGUCCAUUUCGACGCGCUGUAUUGGGUGUUUUUCUUUAGUAUAAUCGCUGUGUUAUUUCUGGCGUCAUGGAUCUAUCAAUGGACCAUGCUCUAUAAGGAGAAGCCUGAUUUCAACGAAGCAAUAUUCCGCAAGAAGCUCAAGUUGGCCAUGGCCUAUUGCUCCAGCCUGUUUUUGAUCGCCGCGGUUAUGUUGGUCAUAGAAGUAUUUGCCCUCCUGGCUCUUCAGUUCUGCGAUGGCGAGGAUCUCAUGUCACUCUACUGGUCCACUUGGGCUAUGUUGCAGCUGGGAUCCGAGAUUGCCAUCUUGGGUAUCGUAUUGGCGCUGUGGCAUCAGAUUUGCGACAUUCGUCAUCCGCUGUGGGCACUUGCUUUAGGCACACCGGUUCUCGUGGUCGCCGGAUUCGGACACGUCAUCGCUGUCUGCGUGGAAUCUAUUUGGAAGAAGGCCAAGGAAAAGAGAAAGGGCUCGGUUGCUACUCGGAAACCCACUAGGGCGCCAAACGAGAAGGAGCCACACUCUUCUGCGUAA